CUUCUUCCUGGCCAGCGUCCCCUCUCCUCCAUGUUGCUGCAAACAACAGCCUUGUGCUACAGGAUAAGCCUCGCCGCAUCCCCGGUGAGUCCGUUUGUGUGGUGGUACACUUCUCGCUGUUUUAUGACAGGAAACUUUCAUUAAGUGUCAGCCUCAGACGCACUUUGAAGCAACAUUUUGGCAGCUUUGAUGUUGAACCACAAACAAACACAGGGCGUCUACGAGAUGGAGAUGGAAGCGUACAAACAGGCUUGUGACACCUGGGAUGUGAAGAGCAUCCUUCCCAGAAAGUGGCCUCGCCACCAUCUUCCUCAACCUCGCUCACUGGCUCGAGAUCUUCCCAGCAGAGCCGCGUAACUAAUGCCAUGUGGUCAGCGGGACAAGCUUGUGUCAUGAUAGGAUCCGGAAUGCUCCUUCUGGGAUAGUGUAGAAUAGCUGUCAUAUGAUCUGCGUGUCUUCUCUGAUGUUAGAACUAUUUGGUGCUACUGAAUGUGAACUAGUGUGCAAACUACUAAAUGUGUGAUAGGCUUUAAAUUAUGAAUAUUAAAAAAAUAUAUAAGUGAUAAAAUCACACCACUUGUGAUUAUUAACCCUAAGGAAUCCAGCUUUAUCUGUAUCCUGCCAAGGCAACACUCAAACAACACCCAUUUCCAUGGCAAUGACCCCAAGGCUUGUGGUCGCCAAGGCAACCUGGCCAGUGGUCGCGAGGAAGUCAAGUCGGUGCUGGUGAAGUUUAGCCAGCGACAAUCCUACUUUUUUUUUACUUUCAGCUAUUUUUUUAUUGUUUCUAAAACGCUUUAUUUAAUCGUCAAACUCUUUCAUGGACACACAUUGCGACCUUUACGUUGGACCGGUUUAAAAGUUUAUUUUAGUCAGGCAUUGGGAUGUGCUGCAAUAUUUCCGGUCCUUAAUUUCCAGGAAGCUACAAUAAAGCUACGGUCAUUUGUCUUUUCAUUGUUUUUUUCGUAAUGAGUUCCCCACGGGAGGAAAAGGAGAUUUCACCUGCUCUGGAUGUCGUCAUUCAGAAGCUGGAAGAGUCUCUGCUUGACCUAGAGGGACACUCGGGAGAGACUUUGGGCUCUGGAGCGGUAUCGGCGCCUGUCUCGACCCUCAUCCGCCAGAUCAUCACCUGUAACCUGGCCGAAGGUGAAAGCUGUGAAGCCGCCAAGAUGGAUGACAACCAGUGGGAGUCCAGUUCUGUGACCCAGACUGACCUCAACGAGUCACCAGUCAAACAGUGCAGCCCCACACAGAAGCUCAGUCAAAUGCUGAUGUUGUCGACGCCAGCCGACGCGGACCAGGAGAGUGUGUACAGGCAGCGCUUGCAGGUCUUCCGGGAGGCCCAGAAGAGACAGGCCCAGCUAGUCCAAAGGCUUCAGACCAAGGUCAUCCAGUACAAGAGCAGGUGUGGGGAACUGGAGGAGAAGGUUCUGAAGAAGACCUCUGAUUUGGAGAAGAUAGAAUUGUUGAUGCAGGCCCACCAGGACUCGGCCCAGCGUCAGGAGCAACAUCUCAACACAGCUGUUUGCAGUAAAGCCGCUCAACUUGAGGAGGAGCAGAGAAGAUGUGCCAGCCUCAGCCAAGUCAACUGUGUACUGCGGGAACAACUGGAGCAGGCCAGCACUGUCAACCAGGGGCUGGCCGAGAGCUUGCGGAAGGCCCGGCAAGAUGCGGAGCUGUGCAAUAUGCGCCUGCGCAGGGAACAAGAGACAUCUUCUUCCCGCCUGAGUCGCGAGCAGGCACGCGUCAGAACCUUGUGGCGCCAGGCCGCCUCCCUGAGGAACACCUUCACUCAGCUGAGGGGCUUUGCUGACAGGACACUUUCUGACAUGCGAGGCGAGGUUGCCACGGCCAGCCAGCAUCUUCACAUCGCCUGUCAGACGCUUCAGUCCAAGGCAACGCAGGAGAGUGCCUCUAGUGGCGCAGAGACGUCGCCACUGGAGAGGCAGCUGAAGGUCAAGCUCAGAGAGGCCAUGCAGCUUCAGGGUCGCUGGGAUGCUGAGAAAGUUGAGCUCAACUCCAGGGUUGUUGAGCUGGUGGACACAGUACAGCACCUUCGCAGUCAAAACAGCGAGAAGGACUCCACCCUCAGUAGCAUGCAGACCAGCCUGGACAUGUUGGAGACACAGAGAACUGAGGACAAAGCAAUGAUGGAAGUUCUGCAUGCAGAGAACCAAGCCCUCAAGAAAAUGCUCUGCAGUGUCCAUCAGCUCGUUGCUAAUGAAAGUGAUGGCGGUGCGUCUGAAAGUGGUUCUUCUCUGUGGAACAAUACUUUAACGGCUUUGCAGUGUGCCCUCUCCAAGCACCAGAAACAAGCUCAGGACCUUCAUGGUCGCCUGGAUGUCGCCUUGGAGCAAGUGGACGUGCUGCAAGGUCAGCUGCAGAAGAGUGAUUCUGCGAAGAGGGAGCUGGCAAUGAGGAUCCAGGAAGUAAAGAAGGAAAGUCAAGAAGCCAAAAAUGCUCUGGAUGAAUGUCUCAGAGAGAGUGAAAGCUCUCGCUCCUUGCUGGAGAUAAUCUCAAGUGAGAAGUGCAGAGUGGAGCAGCGUUUGGUGGGAGUGUACCAGGAAGCGGACUCUCUGCGCGCCGAUCUGGAGACCCUGCGGAGCUCGACGCUGGAGCUCCAUAAGCAGCAUGACCUCGUUCAGCAGCAGAGGGAGGACGCUGAACUACAGUUAACAUGGCAGCGUGUUGAGUCCCAGCGAGGUGAGAGGAGCCUGGAGGAGCUGGAAGGGAAGCACUCUGAUCUACGCAAGGAGUUGAUAACAGUGAAGGAGGCACUGAGUCGGAUCACUUUGGAGAAGGAGGUGCUGCUGGAGGACAAAGCCAGCCUUGCUUUGGCUCUGGGCAAGAUGGAGUGUCACGGCGCUAUGCAGGAGUCAGUCGUCACCAAGCUACAAAAUCAGGAGGCGGAUUUGAAAGAUUCUCUGGCCAAGAUGGCCGCCCUCAGUGAAGGCUUGGCCAAAGACAAGGUGGAGCUCAGCCGCCUCCUAUUGCAGGCUGAAGCAGAGAAGGCGCAGCUCAGUGACCAACGGCGGGAGGCAGAAGCAGAAAGAGUGUCGUCACAGGAGGAGGUGUCACGGCUGCUACAGGAGAAGAUGAACCUGUUCACAGAGAAGAAAGCCCUGGAGAGUUCACACCAUCACCUGCAGGCCACUUGCCACAAGCUGAAGGGAGACUUGGACCUCCUGCAGAAGGAGAACGCCCGAAACCUGGAGCAGCACUCUAAGGUGAGCAGACAGAUUCAGAGCGUGUCAGAGGAGCUGCAUGAGAGCAGGAAGCAGCUGGAGGUGCACACCACAGUCCUCAAGAGAGCCAGUGCUGACAAGGAGGAGAUGGCCAAGGACAAAGCUGCCUUGGAGGUCCGACUCGGCACGGCCGAGCGAAAGACCUGUGGCCUCAUGCAGGAGCUGCUCGCACUCAGAGCUGAGAAACAAUCCCUGGAGACGGGCCUGUUCGAGAGCCAGGAGCUUUCCUCAUCCCUGGAGGCUGAGUGCAACCGUGUGGACGCCGAGCGGCAGAGCUUGCUGUCGGCUAAUGAGGCUUUGACGCGUGAUGUUGCACAGGUGCAUCUGGAUGCAGAGUGCCAGCUUGCUUAUGCUGCACAGGAGCGAAGCAACUUGGAGGAGAAGUUAGCCCAGGCAGAGAGGAACGCCCUACAGAGCCUGAUGAAUCGAGAUGAACACCACAGAGAGCAGCUGGAGGCUGAACGCAGACUCAAGGAGCAGCAUUGUGCAGAGCUGACAGAGCAGCAGGACCAGCUGCGUGCUCAAUAUGAGGAGUCAGUAUCCCGCAGCCAGAAGGAGGUGCAGCAGGCACAGGAGGAGCUUCACAGAGUGCAGCAGCAGUGCAAGCAAAUCCUACUGCAGGCCGAGAGUGACAAACAGGAGGCUUUGUCCCAGAAGGAGGCAGAAAAGGCUGCCAUGGCGGAGAAGAUGUCAGGCCUGCAGCAGGAUCUGGACUCAGCAACCUCAGAACUGGAGCGCACCCGGAGAGAGGCUCUCACUAAACAGGAGCAGGACAAGAACGAAAUAUCCAUCAUCCGGCACGAGAUGCAGAAGCUGCGAGACGAUUUCGAGGCGUCGGUGAACUCUCACGAGGUCACAGAGCAGGGCCGGCUCAAGCAGGUCCGAGAACUGAGCCAACAGAACCAAGUCGCCCAGCACGAGCUGGAGGGCCUUCGCGUGCAGCUGCAGAACGCAGAGGACAGACUCAGCCAAGGCCAGAGGGAGCUGACGGAGGCCCGCCGUGCCCUCCUCGAGUCUGCUCAAGGGCAGGAGAAGCAGCGGAAGGAGGUGCUGAACCUGCGGCGGCUCCUAGAUGAUGAGACCAGGGAGAAGGAGGCCAUCCAAGCCUCCAACCAGGAACUGAGAGCGUCCAUCAAGCGAGCAGAGAGCGACAACAGCAGUUGGAAUACUUCUGUCAGUACACUUCAUUUGAGGAGAGCAGUGGAGGAGAAGGAGCAGAAAGCCUCCAUUUUGGAGGAAUGCAAAAGCUCCAUGCACCAGGAGGCGUCCACUCUCAGGAGCAGCAUGAGGGAGCUGGAGAAGUCCCGGCUGCAGGCCCGCAGAGGACUGCAGGAGUUGCGCAGACAGGUGAAAGUCCUGGAAGGUGAGAAGAGCCACCAGAAACAGGAGCUGCAGCACAUGCAGGCGCAGCUUUGUCAGGAGGAGCAGAAGAAGAAGGAGGCGUGUCGCCAGUCCUUCAGUCUGAAACAAGGAUUGUUGGAGAGCGAGGCCGCCAGGGAUGCAGCCCACAGUCAGGUCUCAGCUCUGCAGAGACGUGUGACGGAACUGGAGGAGGCCGAGCGUCACUGCCAAGAGCUGCUGCAGGCCAGAGAAGCUCAGCAGCGGCUCAGUGACCAGAAGCAUCAAGAGGCAGCCGUCAAGCUACAGAAAGCGCUUGAGGUCGCCGCCAUGCAGACCGGCGAGCUCAGCGCUCGUCUCGGUCAUGCUGAGGCUGCCGUCCAGGACCUGGAGCGGCAACUGGGAGUGUGUGACGGCCAGCGUAGAGACCUGGAACACAAACUGUCCACAUUGCGCUCGGCGCUGCGCUGCACUGUGGGCAUUGAUGGAGGAGGACGCUCACGCCGACGCUCCAUGUCUCCCAAGAGGAAACAUCUUCAAGGAGGAGACAGCCUAACUGUCUUCUCUAUGUUGUCCGCUGAGAAUGAAGAACUGGACUUGGACUCCAUCCAGGCCGGCCUGCUGGACCUGCAGCGGGAACUGAGGGACACACAAAGAGAGCGAGAUGAGUCCAAGGCUCAACUGGUCACUUUAAGCCAGCAGCUGUCAGAGGUCCAAGACAAAUCUGGCAAUGAGCUUGCCAAACUGCAGAAGUCCCUGAAGCAGCUGAAGGAAGCUAACCGAGAGAUGACAGAGCAACUGCGGGAAUCGCACACUUCCUUUUCCAUGUGCAGAGAAGAAGCUGACCGGGAAAAGAGGAGCCUUGAGGAGGAGGUGCUUCAGUUCAGGUCCGCUCUGCAGGCUUCCCAAGCUGAGUCCAAGUCACUCAGGGACAACCUAGAUCUGCUGCAAGGCUCGCAGUCUCACUUGCACUCAGAACAUCAGAGGCUGAAGGAAGCCCUGGAAGAGGCCCAGAACAGAAUGGGGCUCCUCGAGCUUGGAAAACGCUCCCUGGAGGGCGAGCUGCAGCGGGCCCGUCUCCGAGCUGCCGAACUGGAGGCGGAGGCGGGCGUGCUGCAGGAGAGGCAGACGGAGGUCAGGAAGAAGCUGAGUGAGAGCGAGGACCAGUGCGCAGCACUCAGGGUCGGCAAAGAGACACUGAGCACGGCGCUGGCCCGGGCUGAGAGACACCAGGGCCAGCUUACCGAGCAGAUGAGCAAGCUGUCCGGCACGCUCAGCAACCACCAGGCCAGUGAGGGCAGGCUGCAGGAGCAGAACGGCCAGCUGCAGCGAGCGCUGAUGGCCAGUGAGCACGACCGUCGCCUCCUGCAGGAUCGUCUGGAUAAAACCCAAGACUUCCUGUCGGAGAGUAAAAAGCUGAACCACUCGCUAACAGAGCGGACCCAGGCCCUGCAAAGAGCCCACAAGGACUCUGAGCUGCGCAAUUCUGACCUGGAGAAACACAACCAGACCCUCCAUCAGAGUCUGAAGCAGCAGCAGCAGGAGGCAGACCUGGUGGUGCGGGAAAACGCUGAUCAGCUUCAGGACAAGGUUGCACAUCUGCAAGGUUCUCUGCACAAGCUGCAGAGGGAGAAGGCCAACAUGGAGAAAGUGCUGACACGGCUCGGAAAAGACAAAGGUGCUCUCAGGAAGACGUUGGAGAAGGCGGAGAUGGAGAGGCUGCGAACAGAGGAGGCGGCAGCAGCGGCCGCCAGGGAGACGCAGCAGUCGGGCCAGGCGCUGGUCGGGCUGGAACGCCAGCUGGCUGAGAGGCAGGACCAGGUGACGGCUCUGCAGGCCCAUAUCAGCCAGCUGGAGCACACUCAUGCACAGCGCCUCCUGGAGGUCACUGUCCGCCAUCAUCAGGAGCUGGAUGCCGAGACGGAGCAUCUACGCAGUGCUCAGCUGCAGGCCGAGCAGGCGCUGGAGAGCAGGGAGAAGGCCCACCGCCAGAGGGUUAAAUGUCUGGAGGAUCAGGUGUCUACUCUGAAAGAGCAGCUGGAUGAGGAGACGCUGCGGCGGCAACAGGCUUACGUCAAACACAUGCUGCAGUCAGCCGUGCACUCAAGUAUGUAGCACCUUCACCCUGGCUGCCGACCAGCGAUGCACACAAACAUUCCCACAUGGGCUUGUCGGCGGCAAUACUUGACAAAAACAACAAAUAUAUUUUUUUUACUAGCGGGUGGCAUCUGCUUAAUUGUUUUAAGUAUUUCCUCAAAACAGUCUCACUCUUGAGUAGGUCAAAUACGUCCCAAUACGUCUGUCUCUCCCUCCCUUGCAAUGCCCGUUCAAUAUUCAGGAAUAAAUGUAUUAAAUUGUUCUCAAUUUGUAUUAAUCAUGUUAUUACUGUAUUUUAUGUGUUUUGUUCUCCAGUGUGAGUGACUUAGGCGUAAGGUAGAAGUUCCCACUUAUACUAAAACUUGACUUACAUCAUCAACCCAGGACCUCCUGUAAUUCAUAAUGAAAUGUAAUGAGAAUAUUUUAUAAAGUCAAAAUAAGGUUGAAUUCAGUGUUGAAACGGGUUUAAAGAAGUGCCAUUUUUCCAACUGACUAGUUGGUUUGUUAGAUGGCAAAAUGAAAUAUAUACAUAAACAUGCAUAUACAAAUAAUCUUUUUUUAUUUCAAUUUCUCUUGCUACACAACCAAAACAUUGCACAUUUUAUAAUCACCAAAACAUACUUACAUCAUUACACGUGACUAUUUGAGACCUCAGUUUAUUGAGCUAUUUUUCUUUUUCUUUUGUCUUUUUUUGUAUUUUCUAUGGCAAAUAACAUGUUUAAAUCAUAGCUAAUCAGUGUUGUGUUGACUACUAAGCAGCUCCACUGUAUGUGUGUAAUUAGCACCAGAGGCAGGGUGUUGAAACAGCUUUAAAUUGAUGUCGAAAAGUAGAAUUUCACAUUAGGACAGGGGUGUCCAAACUCUUUCCACUAAGGGUCGCAUGCUGAAAAAUGGAAGAAUGUGAGGGUGGGCCACUUUGAUAUUAUUAAUUGUGUUAAAAGGCUAUUACAAUAUAUAACUGUGAGGCCUAUACAUAUAUAUAUAGGUCGAGUGGUUAGCGCGCAGACCUCAUAGCUAGGAGAACUGAGUUCAAUGCCACCCUCGGCCAUCUCUGUGUGGAGUUUGCAUGUUCUCCCCGUGCAUGCGUGGGUUUUCUGCGGGUACUCCGGUUUCCUCACACAUUCCAAAAAACAUGCUAGGUUAAUUGGCGACUCCAAAUUGUCCAUAGGUAUGAAUGUGAGUGUGAAUGGUUGUUUGUCUAUAUGUGCCCUGUGAUUGGCUGGCCACCAGUCCAGGGUGUACGCUGCCUCUCGCCUGAAGACAGCUGGGAUAGGCUCCAGCACCCCCCGCAACCCUCAUGAGGUUAAGCCAGGGGUGGGCAAACUACGGCCCGGGGGCCACAUCCGGCCCGCCAAGUGUUUAAAUAUGGCCCGCACUUUCUUUACAAACUUAACAUACAACCUGACAUCAUGGCUUUAGCCAACCUUUUGAUGGUUUAGGUAGUUUUUUUUUUUUAUCAAUUUGUUUAUUUGAUGUGAUCUGCUGUUUACAAAGUGCUCCUGAAAAAAGGACACAAGCACAUAUACAUAGCAGGUUGCAUGACACUUACAGAUACAAUCAUUCCAGGUGGACUGUUAGAAUUAUAUGCGUAAAAUAUAUAGUCUGGCCCCCUUUCAAUUUUGUUAAAUCAAUGCGGCUCGCGAGUCAAAAAGUUUGCCCACCCCUGGGUUAAGCGGUAGAAAAUGAAUGAAUGAAUAUAUAUAUAUAUAUACACCAUGGAACCUUGGUUUGUGUCCCACCAACAUGUUGCUUCAUUUAGUACAACAUGGCGUCCAUCUUGUCCCGUUAUUAAUACACUGCGUGAGUGCAACUGUGUUCUUCAUGUAUUUUUAUCACAAACAUCCUUGUUAGCAGCCUAACAGCUUGCUAAUACAUGGAAACAGAAACCGACAUCAGCUCCGUCACCUGUCUAUGAUGUCAUCAGCGGUUGACUGUUGUAGUUCUUUGCUAACUAACACACUCUCCUUUUUAUUAAAACACCUUUUUAUUGUUGUACAAUUUUACGUGCAUUAAACAACUGUAAAUGCAUAUAAAUGAGGAAUGAAAGGGAUAAAUGAACAUUUAAGAUUAAGAUAUGCCUUUAUUCAUCCCUCAGUGGGGAAAUCUGCAUUGCACAGCAGCAAGAGUACAGAAUCAGUUAAGCAGUACAAAAUACACAAUAUAGAAAAAAUAAACAAUAUAAACAACCCAAGUAUUAACAAAAUCAACAGUUUUUCCCAGAGUUAUAUACAAUACAGUAUGUAGAUAAUAUGAAACGAGAUGAGAUAUAUGACCAGUCUAUACACUGAGAUCUUGCUAGUGAGUUAAUAUGAGGCAUUAUAGAAAUACUACAUUUAAGGCACUUUUUACCUUCACUGUAGGUGUGAUUGUUAUUUAUUGAAUUCAAUAGUGUUUCUCACCUUCUUUAUCAAAAUGAAUACACUUGCAACUUUCUUUGACUCCAUUGUGUGUUAUUUUGCAGCCGUGAUCAAGGGAAAAGCAGAAAAUAACUCGGGAUGCUCCAAUAGCUCGGCCACCGAUUAGUAGACAAUUCAUGUCAUGUCAUUCAUGUCAACACAGACAUGACAAAAAUGCACACGUGUGCUGUGAUCACGUAGGGUUGACAACACCCGUAGGAAGCUGGCAAGGAACAAACAAAAUGUCCGGUAUUGCUGCCAGAAUCAACACCAGUCUAUAAAACCUCAAUGGCUUCAGUUUGACAGCUUGACACAGGCUACGCCAAUCCAUGCCAGCAUCUUUGAUCGCUCCAUUGGCAAACCUAUUAUUGUGUUAUGUGUUAACGUUUUUGGAUUUCUGGAGUGGAUGAAGCAGAUUUACAUUAUUGAUUCGGUUAGAGUCAGCCUUUCUGGAAUGGAUUCCUGACGCUAACCAAGGUUCCAUUUUAUAUACAAAUAUAGAUAACACAAAACAUUGUGUCUUUUUGCUUUAUAUUUUUCAUUUUUGUUUUAUUUCUACAACACACCAAGGGUCAAUAAAAACGGGAACGCAAAUGACACCCAGGAAACACUUUGGACACCCAGCUGAUUAUUUGAAUCCGAGGUUGAUCCAU